AUGUCGCUUCAACAGUGGUUAAAGUCCGGUAGUAUUAAGGUGAAAGCUCCUGCCACAUCAGGCUUGCCCGAUCCAUCUCAAUGCAGUACACAACGUGAUGUUCUUGUAACCCAAGCAGCCAACGACGGUAUUGACACGAUGAAUUCUGCUACUAGCCUUACAACUACUCCAACCAGAAAACGCAAACGGGGAGACUACAACUAUUAUGAUGACGAAACACGUGCUAAAAUUGCCAGAUACUCAGUCGAGAAUGGCGUUGCUAGAGCUGCAUGCAAGUUUUCCAGUGACCUCAGCAAGAAAGUUAGCGAGACGUCUGUUCGUAGCAUGAGAGACACCUACCUUAAAUUAAAAAAACAAGGAGGUGGAGACAUAGAAGUUUUACCAAGAUCGCCACGUGGAAAUCCUCUCCUACUUGGUCACCUAGAUAACGACGUUCUAUAA